ACAUGAAGGCAAAUUCCAAGUUAGCAGUGCCAGUGAUGCUGCAACAGGUGCUGAAGAGGUGGAAGAAGCUUGCCAUUGCACCCGGAAACAGCAGCAAGAAGUUUCUGCACAAGACACAUGGUGUUCCCAAGGGAUUCCUCGCCGUGCGCGUCGGGGAGGAGAUGAAGAGGUUUGUGAUCCCGACGACUUACUUGCACCACCACGCCUUCCGAGUUCUUCUCGGGGAGGCGGAGGAGGAGUUCGGGUUCCAGCAGGAAGGUGCGCUGAGGAUGCCCUGCGAGGUUGCCGCGUUCGAGAGGACACUGGAGGUGGUGCAGCAGCAGAAGAAGCAACGCUUCUGCUGGGGUUCCCCCUCUGGAUGUUGAUCGAGGGUGUCUCCCUCAGAAGAUGAUGUUGCAGAUGAACAUUAGUCUUCAUAAGAUAGAAUAAGACUAGCUUUGAGAUGUAGUUAAUAAUCCGGAGAGUGUCGGAGAAUUUUUGACAGUUGAUUUCUAGUUAACCUUUUUUG